CAGCAGAGAAGCAACCAAAAGGAAAGAGAGAGAAAAAAACUCCCCAGAAGCGAAAUCGGAAAACCAAUCGAGAAUACUACAAUCGCCGCCGCGUGAAAUGGCCGACAGACAGAGGAACGGCAGCAGUAAGAUCUCUUCUUCUUCUUCUUCUUCCGGCGCCGGCCAGCCGAGCCGGCUCCAGCGGCGGAGGCCGGCGUCGUUGCAGAUCAGCCCGGCGUCUUCCUCCUUCUGGAGCGCAGCCAUCCCUCUCCUCUCCCCGCUCGACACCUCCCCGACCGCCGUGGAUCGGAAGUUCGAGAUGUCGGCGAAUCAGCAGCAGAGUCAGAGUCAUAACCAGCAGAGAGUCGGCGGCGGGGAGGCGGAGAAGGCAUCCGUGUUCAAGAAAUGGCAGCACCCGGCGGCGCCCUUCUGUUACGAGGCGGCCAAGUUGAAGCCGUCGUUCUUCGUCCCUGUAUAGCCUUGUUACUAUUAUAUAUUAUUGUGAUUAGAGAUUGGCGAUUGGGGGAAAAAAAAUGGGAGAGUGAAAGGACAGAUUAGAUUUGUACACAGGUUGAGGGGGGAUUUACUACAAUUAGGGUUUUCAGAUCUGACCUAAUGAUACUUUUUUUUUCUUUCCUUCUUCCCUUGGUUUCAGCAGAGAAUGAAUUGUACACAGAUUU